CUGGAAACAAGAUCAGUGAAUGCAGUGACGAGGACUUGGGAUGGAAUAGAUUGAGGGAUGAAGUAGAGGAGGUGAAGUAGAGGAGGUGAAGUAGAGAUGAAGAAAGCAGGGAAGAAGUCAAAGAUCAAUGGAGACUGAAGGGAACUGAUUAGUCAAGAACUUGAUACUAACCCAAUGUGUAGCUGACAGAAAGAAGAGAGUCUUCAAAACCUUCUCUUACAGAGGUGUUGACUUGAAAGAUUUAUUAGAAUUAGACACUGAAGAAUUUUCCAAAUUAUGUGGUGCCAGAGUUAGAAGAAGAUUCUCUAGAGGUUUAGGUUCUAAACCAAUGGGUUUCAUUGCUAAAUUGAGAGCUGCCAAAUUAGCUGCUCCAGAAAAUGAAAAACCAGCUAUUGUCAAAACUCACUUAAGAAACAUGAUUGUUGUUCCAGAAAUGAUUGGUUCAGUUGUUGGUGUUUACAAUGGUAAAGUUUUCAACACUGUUGAAAUUAAACCAGAAAUGGUUGGUCACUACUUGGGUGAAUUCUCCAUUUCUUAUACUCCAGUUAGACACGGUAGAGCUGGUAACGCCUCUACCAGAUUCAUUCCAUUAAGAUAAGUGUAAUGUACCAUAACUCUUUGAACAACGUUCAUCUUUCCU